CGGUAACGUCACAAUCAGCUCAUCGAUUGGCACAAUAAACCGAACAUGCUGUGGCUCGACAAAACUACAAUUAAGUAGUUAUACACCUGAAUAAAGACAAUGGCUUCAGCAGAACCCAAAAUUAUUCUAGUGUUCAGUGGGAAACGCAAAUCCGGCAAAGAUUAUGUGACGGAUUUCAUUCUGAAAAGGCUAGGGUCGGAGAUCUGCUGCAUCCUGCGUCUCUCUGGCCCGCUGAAAAAGCAGUACGCUCAGGACCACGGACUGGACUACAGCGAGCUGCUGGCCGCAGGGGGCUACAAGGAGACACACCGCGCUGACAUGAUCGCCUGGGGCGAGCAGCAGAGGCGCCAAGACCCGGGCUUCUUCUGUCGCCUAGCAACAGAGGCAGCCCAGCAGCCCGUCUGGAUUGUGAGUGACGCGCGGCGGCGUUCGGACCUGCGGUGGUUCCAGACAGAGUAUCCGAGUCAGACGCGCUGCGUUAGGGUCCAGGCUUCAGAGGAAACACGAGCGGACCGCGGCUGGCGCUUCACAGCAGGGAUAGACGAUGCAGAGUCAGAGUGUGGAUUGGACGGGGAGCAGUUCGACUGGAUCAUCACCAAUGAGGCAGAGGCUCCAGCCUUAGAAGAGCAGCUUGAGAACAUUUUACAACUCGCCUCACAUGCAGCAGGACCGCACAACUCCUGAAGCCUCCGUCAGAAACGUCCAGCCCACCACAACCGCAGAAGACACUGUUGAAAACAUUCGGCUGCGUUGCACAAAUGCUUCGUCAGAACCUUUGUGCCUUCUUUUAGCCCUCCAGUUCCUUGAGCAUGACAAGACAAUAAUAGUCCUAACUGGACAUCGAGUGCCUGAAACCUUUCCGUCGCUUUAUAAUGCAAAGAAUAAAGUUUCCUUCAUAAGGUUUAUUUACCCAGAAUAAUCCAUCCAUGUAGGCGUUGGGAGGAUGGGACGGUUAGGGUAAAGCUUUGAGAGAUGGUUAUAAUAAUGAGAUUAUGGCUAGGUUAAGGUAAAGUUUAGAGACUAAUGGUUUCAGGGUUAAAGGUUAGACUUUGGGUUUGGGUAAAGGUUAGCGGGUUAGAUUUGGGACGGUUGGGAGGAUUCAUAUUGGGUACAGUUUAGUUUAAUUAUCUACAAGGAAUGAAGGGGACGAGUGUGCAAAGAUGUGCUCACAUAUUAAAUAAUGACACCACUAAUGAAAUGCUAUUAAA